CAUCUCUUAAGCCUCCUUGUGGUGGGAUUUCAAUUUGACGCACUAAACGAAGCGCGCAUCUUCGCCCUCGUACACUCUGCAUGUGUGUGAGUGCGCGCGUGUGUGCGCGUGAGCGUGUCCGCUCGCUGCAGCUCCGGCGUCGGGCAAACCCUCUCACUGCUGCACUUCAGCAAAUGUGGAGCAACUCGUCUGCUGCCGGCCGCCUCGCAUGGCUCCUAAACCAGCGGAUAUGCCCCAGUGCCGCGGGAGACUGACGCCUUCACUGUCUUCCUCUCCUCCGCUAAUGGUCCUCUCAGGGAGUUAUGGUCAGUAAGGAGGCAGGCCGCUGCACUCUGUCAAGCUCAGAGUCUGACUCGGAGUCUGGUGGUCCUUCGUUGGAGCGGAGCGGAGCAGACGCGGUGCGCAAGCGAAACAAAGCCCUGCAGGUGCGCUUUAAAGACAUCUGCGAGGCGCAGAAUGAGGUCGCCCACCGAGGUGCAAGGGACCGCUCUGUUUCCUGCAAGGUCAUCCACCGGAGGUACAUGACCAUGCCUGCACGCCGCUCCAUCCCAAAUGUCACCAAGAGCACGGGAGUGCAAACCUCACCCGACUUGAAGAAGCGCUACCAGACUUUCCCCUUCGAGCGCAAGAAGGGAAAUGUCAUCAAACACACUGCUCUGGUUGAGAACCACCCAGAUCAAAACAAUGGCUUUCUGAGUGAUGUGAAGGAUGGGAAGCGGGGCGCAAGGUGUGACGGGCAUGUGCAGCAAACCCGAGUGUUGCUUCACACUACGCCACAGUGCAGCGAUGCUAAGGACUUAUGCGCCGGGCCGGACUGCUCGGAUGGAAAACUCUGCCCUGAUCUGUCAGAUGCAGCUUUGAAUCAGUCAGAUGCCAAUGUCCCAGGGAGUGGGGCCAAGCACAAGGGAUUAUCUAGUGAGAGCAAGGCAGGAGUAGGACAACAGCCCAACUGUGCCUCCUCAACCACACCGACUCAACCUCUGCCGGUCAGGGGUGACUGUUCGAAGAUUUCCGGCCCUAUUGCAUGGACGUCUUUGACUCAAGUGGAGUGCCCGGAGAGUCCCUCAGGGAGCUGUGCUCGCAAAAAAGACACGGCGCAGCUGAAUGGACUGCAGACACAGUCUCAGGCUUUGCCUCAUUCGGCGAGCUGCGCUUCCCAAGCUCACAUACAGGCCCAUUGUCACAGUAGCCAAAACUCGGGCCCCACAGAGACCCAGCAGCAGGGCACUAGGGGGCAGCUGAUUGCUCUCCCGGGGGUCGAUGGGAACGUGAAAGCAAGGCUUCAAGCGAUGGAGACUCUGAUCAGCUCGAGUCAAGAAACCAUCAAAGUGCUGCUGGGGGUCAUUCAGGAACUGGAAAGAGGAGAAGCACAGCGAGAAGGACUGUCAUACCGAACUGGGCAGGAUACAGCCAACUGUGACACGUGUCGUAACAGUGCCUGCAUCAUAUAUAGUGUGGAACUAGAUUUUAAACUUCAAGAGGACAAACUUCAGCCCUUAAUGAAGAGACUGUGUCCAUUAGAAGAGCCGUUGUACCCCUCUCUGCCUUACACACACGAGGUGUUCACCUCCACACCCAAGCGCAAGUCCAAGACUGAGUCCAAGAAACACGCUCGGUGGAAACUCUGGUUCCUCUAAACCGUGGAUUCAGUAUCCGGAAACCAUCAGGCAACCAAAACAAGCAAAUUCUACUGGAAUUCUGCUUCACUCAAUGGAUAAACAUGGAAAAAUGUUCCCUUUUAGCCAGCGUUUUGGAACGUGUCACUGGAUCCACCGAGCGACUGGAAUUUAUUAAGGAAUAACAGUUGUUUUCUAAUCAUGACCCUCUGAUAAACCCUCUGAAUUUGGGAACUGCUGAAUUCACCCGAUCUCAUGUUUUCCAAAGGGAUUACACAAUGAUCCUUAGGUUUAGACACGUUAGCAAGGGACCCUGCAGAGGCGUCAAGAAACCUCAAAGCUAAAUGCUAGUUUGCCACAAAACUACUUUGGAGCCGUACAUCAAAGACAUCUAAUCAGCAAAGCACAAACUUUUGAGAAUUAUAAAUUAGAUUAUGUAGCUGAAAUUUACCUUCUUUCU